CGUGGGGGCGGGGCGUCGGGCGCGGCGCAGGCCGUGAGUGUGCGCUUUUGAGCUGCUGCGGCCAGAGUUGCUGCGCCCGCCGGCAUGAGCUACGACCGCGCCAUCACCGUCUUCUCGCCCGACGGCCACCUCUUCCAAGUGGAGUACGCGCAGGAGGCCGUCAAGAAGGGCUCGACCGCGGUUGGUGUUCGAGGAAGAGACAUUGUUGUUCUUGGUGUGGAAAAGAAAUCUGUGGCUAAACUACAAGAUGAAAGGACAGUGCGGAAGAUCUGUGCUUUGGAUGACAACGUCUGCAUGGCCUUUGCAGGCCUCACUGCUGACGCAAGGAUAGUCAUCAACAGAGCCCGGGUAGAGUGCCAGAGCCACCGGCUGACCGUGGAGGACCCAGUCACUGUGGAGUACAUCACCCGCUACAUCGCCAGUCUGAAGCAGCGUUACACGCAGAGCAAUGGGCGCAGGCCAUUUGGCAUCUCUGCCCUCAUUGUGGGUUUCGACUUUGAUGGCACCCCCAGACUGUACCAGACUGACCCGUCAGGCACAUACCAUGCCUGGAAGGCCAAUGCUAUAGGCCGGGGUGCCAAGUCAGUGCGUGAGUUCCUGGAGAAGAAUUACACUGAUGAAGCCAUUGAGACGGACGAUCUGACCAUCAAGCUGGUGAUCAAGGCACUCCUGGAAGUGGUCCAGUCAGGUGGCAAAAACAUUGAGCUUGCUGUCAUGAGGCGAGAUCAGCCUCUCAAGGGUGGGCCAUAAUCUGUGAGAAGUGUUGGCAAAGACUUCCUGGUGCCAAAGCCAGGACAGAAUGGCCCUGUGACCACUUCCUUCUGAAGGGACAACAUUCUUGUGGGCCAUCCUGCUGUGAUUUUAGCUCCCUGCAAAUGUCUACAAAUAUUCCCACUUUCCCCUCUGUGGUUCAAGACAGUGCUCUCGUGUUCUUGGUGAGCUGACGGGGUGCUGUCAGCAGCACUGCAGCCCUGGCUGCCACCAUCGCUUCCCUUUCCUUGAAGCCACUCCAAGAUGCUGUGGAAAGGAGUAGCUGUGAUACGAACCCAGCAUCAGGCCGCCCUGCCCCAUAGUGCUGUGCUUGCACUUUGUGCAGGAGGGGUUAACUGUGAGCACACUUUUUUU